CUUGGAAAAAAAAAAAGAAAAAAAAAAGAAACCCUUUUUCCAUGUCUUAUUAUAAAUAUGUUGUCACUGCACAAAAACCAACUGCUACUCAUUUCGCUGUUAAAGGUGCUUUUACCGGUCCUAAUGAUAUCAAUCUUGUCUUAGGAAAAGGCAAUCGGAUCGAAAUCUAUACAAUUACUCCUGAUGGGUUAAAACCAACACUUGAAUGUAAUAUUUAUGGGACGAUCAUGUCUCUUCAUUUGUAUUUACCAAAAGGACGAUCACAAGCUUCUCUCUUUAUAUUAACUACACGACACAAAUAUUGCGUUUUGACUUAUUCUGCACAACAACAACAAAUCGUUACUGAAGCAACUAGUGAAAUUGGAUGGACAAAUCAACCUUGUUAUUAUAGUGGUGCUCCAUCAACACCAAGUGUAAUGGAUCCUUCUCAGACAAUGAUAGCCACUCUUUUAUAUCCUUGCACUAUUACAUUAAUCAUUCCUUCUCUAUCACCGCCUUUUAUUGAUAAUGAAAAUACCACCAUCAUUCACUCUACGCACUCUCGGAAUGGACGAAAACGACAAGCUCUCUCUCCUCUGCCGCAACAUUACAUACAUCUAUGUUUUCCUGACAAGAGAAUCAUCGCCAUGACUUUUCUCGAUACUACAGAACCUGAUCAGCCAACAACCAUGAUGGUACUUUACGACAACUCAUUGAAUCAACGAUAUUUACAAGUGUUUACAUACGAUAAGAAAAAUACAGAUCUAAAACAGCAACCGGCAAUGGUUCCUGGAGAUAUAGUAUUGGAUCAUAUUGAACAAGAUGCCAUAUUAUUGAUAGCUGUUCCUGCUCCUGUGGGUGGUGUUUUAUUGGUCUCAGGUCAGUGUAUCCGUUAUUUGAAACCAAAUCAUCCACCGAUUGCAAUUGGAAUUUCCUCUUCUAUGAUUCAGUGUCAUGCCAUGAUUACAAAUGACGGUUCAAGGUACUUUUUGGGAGAUACUGAAGGUCAUUUAUACCUACUGGUAUUGAACAUCGAUCCAUCCUCUUCGACUGUGCGAUCAUUAGGAUUCAUGGAACUUGGCGAUAUUUCAAUUCCUUCUUGUUUGGUCUAUCUUGAUAAUGAUGUCCUUUAUGUUGGCUCAUCCAAAGGUGAUUCUCAAUUGGUUCAUGUCUUACGUCGCGAUUCCAUCGAAAACAGAGAUAUUUUACAAGUCAUCGAGAAUUUUCCUAGUCUUGGACCUGUCAUUGAUUUUUGUGUAGCUGAUUUGGAUAAACAGGGACAACCUCAAUUGAUCACAUGCUCUGGUGCUGGCAAAGAUAGUUCAUUACGAAUUAUACGAAGUGGAGUAGGAUUGAAUCAAUUGGCAGCUAUCGAAAUGAAUGGUGUAAAAGCGACUUGGGCUCUAAGACCUAAUUUUGCUCAAAAGUAUACUGAGACGUUGAUUAUUUCUUUUGCCAAUGAAACACGAAUUCUUCAGCUACAAGACAAUGCAAUCACACCUUUAUCAAACUAUUCAUCAUUGGCUUUGAAUGAACGAACUCUUGUAGCAGGCAAUGUAAUGGGGGAUAUGAUGAUUCAAGUGACUGAGAAAAGUGUCCGAUUGAUGGGAUCCGGAAAGAAUGGAAGUUUAUUGGAUGAAUGGCGACCUUCUCAAUGUUCUUUACUCCCGUCAGAGUCAUCAACAAGUGGAAUUACUGUGGCAAGUCUGAAUCCAACACAGUGUGUGAUUUCCAUAGGCUUUGGUUAUUUAAUUGCAUUCUUCAUUCAAAACAACAAGCUCGUAGUGGUGGGUGAAACAAGACUGGAACAAGAAAUCUCAUGUAUCGAUAUUACUCCUACAGAAAUGGAUGAUCAAACUACUGGUACUUUCGCUUCUUCCGUUAUCGCUGUUGGAUUAUGGCAACAGGUCAGUGUGCUCCUCCUACGUUUUGAUCCAUCCUUGGCAAUCAUUGCUCAUGAACCUUUAACUGGAUUGCUAAUGCCUCGUUCUAUUCUAAUGGCAAGACUGGAAAAUAUUUGUUAUUUAUUGGUGGCACUUGGUGAUGGUCAGGUUUACAACUUUAGAUUGGAUAACCAGCAUGGCCGACUUUGGGACAAGAAACGAUCUUUUUUGGGCAAAUUACCUAUUGUACUAGGUAGCUUUACAUCCAAUGGUACGACUCAUGUCUUUGCUGCUUCAGAUAAACCAAGUGUUAUUCAUAGUCGAAAUCAAAAACUCGUAUAUUCCAAUGUCAAUCUCAAGGACGUACGAAGUGUCACCUCAUUCAGUAGUCCUUCGUUUCCUGAUGCUGUUGCCUUGACGACUCGUGAUGGUGUGGUUAUUGGUCAAAUGGAAGAAAUACAAAAGUUGCAUAUCACGAAGAUUCCUACUCUUGAUACACCAAGGCGCAUCGUUUACCAAGAAACUUCUCGUACUUUUGGCGUAAUCACUGAAAAGAUGUCAUCUGAUCCUUAUACAUUACAUUCAACCACUGGCGGGUUUGAAGUACUAGAUGAUCAAAAUUUCACUGUAUUGGACCGAAUUUAUUUUAAGCAAUAUGAAAGACCAUUAUCAGCAUUAUCAACAAGCUUCGAACAAGAUGUCAAUGAUUAUUACGUGAUUGCAACAGGAAAGGACAGUGAUGCUUUUGAAACAACGAGUUCAGGACGAAUCCUUGUUUUACAAUUAUGUCAACGACAAACAGCAACAAUGGCAUCAGAGAAACAACUGGUCUUGAUUUCUCAAAUUCGAACAAUGGGUAUGGUAGAACAAUUGGUUUCAUUCAAAGGCAAACUGAUUGCUAGUGUACGAGGAAAGCUUGAAAUAUAUGAAUGGAAAAUUCAAAAUGGUCAACGCUAUCUUGAAAUGACAUGUUCUCAUCAACUGGCGUCAAUUACAGAAUCACUGACAACACAUGGUGAUUAUAUUUUUGCCGGAGACAUUACAGCAUCAGUGACAGCUUUAAAAUAUGAUGGAACCAAACAACCUCCUUUAUUAGAAGAAGUGGGUGCAGAUGAAGCGGUGCGGGAAGUUACCUCUCUAGAAGCUCUUAGUGAUACUUUAGCUAUUGGUGCUGAACGGGAUGGUCAUUUAUUUGUAGUGGAACGUUCCCUUGGAUCUACAUUAUCAACGGAACAUGGUUCAACAGGAAAUACAGGACCGGUAGAAGAUCCUUUACUAGAGACCGUCAGUGAAUGGCAUUUGGGUGAAUUGGUCCAGCGAUUCCGAUUUGGGACUCUUGGGAAUAUUGAUCCAGAUAUCAAACCUUCAACAGCAUCACCCACAAACUCACAUCAGCAGCAGCAGCAGCAACAACCCUUUUAUUUACAACACCAUCAACAAACACCGACAUUAUCAUCAUCAACAAACAAAUCUAUCGGAACCAAUACCAGUAAUGCAUCAAUAACGUCUUCACCAUCAUCAAUGUCAACUGUUUACAAUACUUCCACUUUGAUUUUUGCCACUGCUAAUGGGGCUAUUGGUAUUAUUGCAGAUCUAUCUGAAAGUCGAUUCAAAUUAUUAUGGCAUAUGCAGAACAACAUGACCAGAGUAGUGAAAAGUAUAGGUCAUUUGUCUCAUUCUGAUUGGCGAUCUGUAGUCACCAUGGGUAGAAAGGAACAAAGUAGUAAUUUCAUUGACGGUGAUUUGAUUGAAAGUUUCUUGGAUUUGACCCCUCAACAAAUGCAGCAAGUGGUGGAUGGGCAUCAUGGCGGUAAGAAAUUGGAUCGUAGUGUAGAAGAUUUAUGUAAAGUAGUGGAAGAGCUUAUGAGCCUUCAUUCUUAAUAAACAUACUUUAUUACUAUUAUUGUUAUUAUUAUUAUACUU